AUGAAUAAGGUUAUCUUAAGCAAUGACUUCUUCAAAGAAUUCACAUUUAAUUUGACCUUAUUUAAAUGUCUACAGGUGCUCGGAUUGGUUCUCGGAGAAUUGCGAAUAGAGACAAAAGGUCAACACGGAGAAGAAGAGACUGCAGUACAAGGCCUAAGGAGAUAUAAACGUGAAUGGGUGAAAUUUGCAAAACCCUGCAGAGAAAGAGAAGACAACUCGAAAAGAAACCCAAUUGCCAAAAUUACGUCAGAUUUCCAAGCAACCCAGAAAAUAACCUACCGAAUUUCUGGAAUGGGAAUUGAUCAACCCCCUUUUGGAAUCUUUGUUGUUGACAAAAACACUGGAGAAAUUAACAUAACGGCCAUAGUCGAUCGUGAGGAGACUCCAAGCUUCCAGAUAACCUGUCAUGCUAUGAAUGCCCAAGGACAAGAUGUAGAGAAACCACUUAUAUUAACAGUUAAAAUUUUAGACGUGAAUGACAAUCCUCCAAUAUUUUCACAAAGUGUAUUCAUGGGUGAAAUUGAAGAAAACAGUGCUUCAAACUCACUGGUGAUGAUACUAAAUGCCACAGACGCAGAUGAGCCAAACCACCUGAACUCUAGAAUUGCCUUCAAAAUCGUCUCUCAGGAACCUGCAGGCACACCCAUGUUCCUCCUAAGCAGACACACUGGCGAAGUCCGUACCUUAACCAAUUCUCUUGAUCGAGAGCAAGUUAGCAACUAUCGUCUUGUUGUGAGCGGUGCAGACAAAGACGGAGAAGGACUAUCGACUCAAUGUGAAUGUAGUAUUAAAGUAAAAGAUGUCAAUGAUAACUUCCCAAGGUUCAGAGAAUCUCAGUAUUCAGCACACAUUGAGGAAAAUACUUUAAGUUCUGAGUUGAUUCGAUUUCAAGUUAUAGAUUGGGAUGAAGAAUUCACAGAUAAUUGGCUUGCAGUGUAUUUCUUUACCUCUGGAAAUGAAGGGAAUUGGUUUGAAAUACAAACUGAUCCGAGAACCAAUGAAGGUAUCCUGAAGGUGGUUAAGGCUCUAGAUUAUGAACAGCUACAAAAUGUGCAACUUGGUAUUGCUGUCAAAAACAAAGCUGAAUUCCACCAAUCAGUAAUCUCUCAGUAUCGAGUCCAGUCAAUCCCAGUGACGAUUCAAGUGGUGAAUGUGAAAGAAGGAAUUGCAUUCCGUCCUUCUUCCAAGAAAUUUACUGUGCAGAAAGGCAUAAGUACUAAAAAAUUGGUCAAUUAUGUCCUGGGAACAUAUCAAGCCACUGAUGAAGACACCGGUAAUGCUGCCUCAUAUGUCAAGUACAUCAUGGGGCGUAAUGAUGGUGGUUUGCUAUACAUCAAUUCCAAAACUGCUGAAAUCAAAUUUGUCAAAAACAUCGAUCGGGAUGCUACUUUCAUAGUUAACAAGACAAUCACAGCUGAGGUUCUGGCCAUCGAUGAAAACACGGGUAAAACUUCUACAGGCACCGUAUAUGUCGAAGUACCGAGUUUUAACGAAAAUUGUCCAACAAUCGUCCUUGAAAAGCAAACAAUCUGUAGUUCACGACCUUCUGUGGUUGUCUCAGCUAGAGCACUCGAAAAUAAAUAUACUGGCCCCUACACAUUUUCCCUGGAGGAGCAACGUCUAAAAUUGCCAGUUGUAUGGAGUAUCACAACACUCAAUGCUACUUCCGCACUCCUCAAUGCUCAGCAACGGGUGUCUCCGGGAACGUACACAAUCUCGCUCACAGUCACCGACAGUCAGAACACACAAUGUGAGACACCAGAGAGACUGACGCUGGAGGUCUGUCAGUGUGACAACAGGGACACCUGUGAAAAUUCUGGGGGACACAAAGACCCUGACGGCACACGUGGAGGCUCAUCAUGGAGGCUGGGGCCUGCAGCCAUCGGCCUGAUAUUCCUUGGUCUUCUUCUGUUGCUAUUGGUCCCCCUUCUGCUGCUGACCUGUGACUGUGGGAUGGGUUCUCUGGGGGGAGUGACAGGAGGAUUUCUCCCAGUUCCUGAUGGUUCAGAAGGAACAAUUCAUCAGUGGGGAAUCGAAGGAGCUCAGCCUGAAGACAAGGAGAUCACAAAUAUCUGUGUGCCACCUAUAACUGCCAGUGGAGCCGAUUUCAUGGAAAAUUCUGAAGUUUGUACAAAUACCUAUGCUGGAGGGACAGUGGUGGAAGGAGCUUCGGGAAUGGAACUGACCACCAAGCUUGGAGCCGCAACAGGAGCUGGGGCCGCUGCAGGAUUCGGAGCAGCCGCUGGCCUUGGCAUUGGCUCCGCAGGACAGUCCGGAACAAUGAGAACGAGGCAUUCCACAGGAGGAACCAAUAAGGACUAUGGGGAAGGGGCAGUAAACAUGAAUUUCCUGGACUCCUAUUUUUCUCAGAAAGCGUUUGCCUGUGCAGAAGAAGACGACGCCCAGGAAGCAAAUGACUGCUUGCUGAUCUAUGAUAACGAAGGAAUGGGUGCCCCCAGUUCCCCCGUGGGCUCCGUGGGUUGUUGCAGUUUUAUUGCCGAUGAGCUGGAUGACAGCUUCUUGGACUCACUUGGCCCCAAAUUUAAAAAGCUUGCAGAGAUAAGCCUUGGGAUUGAUGAUGAAGCCAAACAAUCUCAGCCACCUACCCAAGACAGCCAUUCUAGGAUUGAAUCCUGUGGCUAUUCCCUAGAUGCCCAACAGCCAGAAUCUGUUAGGGGCCAGACUGUGUCAGGCAGUCAAGGAGCUUCCGCUUUGUCUGCUUCCAGCUCUGUUCUCCAACCAGCCAUUGCCAUCCCUGACCCUUUGCAGCAAGGUAGCUAUUUGGUAACAGAGACUUACUCAGCCUCUGGUUCUCUCGUACAACCUUCCACUACAGUCUUUGAGCCACGUCUCACACAAAAUGUAAUAGUGACAGAAAGAGUGAUUUGUCCCAUUGCCAAUGUUCCUGGCGACCUACAAACUCCAGCAGAGCUACGGGGGUCACGUAAUACGAUCUAUACAGAAGACCCUUGUUCCCGUCUGAUAUGACCAGAAUGAACUAGAAUUAAACACAGCAGCUGAAUAUAGAUAUUUGGACCAAACUAUUCAAAGUAGCAUAGCAAAGCUCACAAUAUUGGUCUAAUUGGGCACGAAUUUGGUACUCUCAUAAACUGAUUAUGGUUAAAUUUUCUAGUUAAUAUCCCCAAACUGAACAUGGUGUCACUCGUACUUCUCUAGUACCAUUCAAGGGGUAGUAAAUCUUGAUGUUUCUCAAAAAAUCUUAAGAUCAUAUUCAGUGGGAAAAUUUUCACUUAACAAUGAACAACUUUUACACUUCUAUUUUGGCAGUGCCGAUGAAAGGUAUUUGUCGAUUUAAAUAAAAUGCAGUGCGUUUGGGUGGAUUAGGCA